AUGUUUGAGAUCGAAGAGGACAAAAAAUCAGAUGACGAAUCAUUCGGACAGAUCAGCACGUUGACUAUUGCAAGUCUCGACGAUCUGGACGAAAAUGUUCCAGAUCAGGAAGACGCCACAAUUGCCGCAUUGGACAAAGUGGUGGCUGGCCAACGCGUGUGUUGUGCCAUGUGCGCGCUGAACAAAAGUCGGUCGGACGAGCAAGUUUUCGCGUGUUGGCGAGCGGAAUCCAUGAGCAGUCGGUUUAUGAGGCUGCGUGCAGGUGCUGGUGCCGAACGCACCCCCCUUGUGGCAAAACGGCAAAUGCCAAGUGAAAACCACGUGAAAAAUGUGUGGCAAUCUCCAGCGCCUUCGCAACAAGUGACAUCGCCACUGGAACCAUUGGCAGUUCUUGGUGGACGGGAAUCGCAAGACACGGCGGUGGUGGAAGCGCAUCACGACGGCACGCCGACGGAGCCUUUUCCAGGGUCUCCAUGUACCCCUCGAGUACCUGGAACUCCGAGAGACUCGGUUGCUUCGUCCUCGAGGGCAUCGUCCGUGUGCCAGAUCGACCUCGAGAGGCUGGACAAUUGGCGGCUUUCAACCCCAGAGCAACGUCACGCUGCGUCCACCGCCAAGUCUUCGGGACUCGAGAGUAUACGUCGGAUGCCCCGUCGCUCGCUGCUGAUGCUUAACUCGAUCCGUAGCAAACUCACGACGCGAAAGCACUGCGUUAUUUAA